CAGCCGUUUGAAUGUAGUGUCGGCAGUGAGCGAACGCUUUCUGUGAUUGAUUGAUUCUGACUUGCAGCAUUUGCGUGUUCAGAUGAGCUGGAAAAUAGUUCUACAACACAUUUAUUCGCUAACAUAGGUUAUUUGUCCAAUUCAAUGCAUAUUGUAUGUUAAUUAAACAAAACCACUAGUAAAAAAUAAAAAAAAAAUAAAAGACACCUUAGUAUCGAUAUUUUUAUUUGAGUAUCGAUACUUUCGAUACUCAAAUAACCAUCCCUAAUCCAGUCAUAUGCAAAGCACGCUGGGAACUAGAAAUCCACUGCCUAAAUUCUGAAGUUAUCAAAACAGUUUCAUUAUGUUACUACAACUUAAUUUAAAAAAAAAAAAAAAGCCAAUUAAUGCAGAAAUUACAGACAAUAAAUUAGAAUUUUUAACUUCCAACCAUGCAUUUAUUUAAGUUGUGGUAACAGGUCCCCUGAAUUACUUUUUAAAGUGCAUGUGAGUGACAGGUUGCCCCGCCCUCACGCCAAUAAACACGUCAUCAGGGAAGAGAAGAGUUGUCGCUGCCAGAGGAGCAGAACUUAUUUUGAUUUAAGAUUACGAGGCACACGAAUGAAUAAAAAAAUGAUGAUGUGCACAGAUAAAUAAAUAUUAAUACUGCAAAAUUUCGUGCCCAUUUUGAUUUCAUGGUGACUUUUAUGUUUUGGUGAUUUUUAUGAAUUUCACGCAGGUAGUUCAUCACAUUAAUUAUGAACAUGUUUCAUAUUAAAGUCUGACAAAGUGACAAAUACUUUAAUUUGAACACAGUUUAUUCACUUUCAUUCAGACAAAAGUGUGUUUGUGACAUUUUUAAGUGCAUGCAAUGCAAGUGUCCAAAUACCUUUUCAGACCACUAUAUACACACACACUUGCUCUUUCCUCAUACACUUAGCCCUCAACCUUUCUCUCUUUCUCUGUUUGUCUCUCUCUCUCCCUCCACUCCGUCUGGCUGUGUGGAUCCGCCCCUGCUUAAUUUUAUCAUUUCGCCCCUUUCUGAAUUUCCUGACUACAAAAGUCUGUCUGACAUUUCUCUCUCAGUCUCAGCAGGGGAGCGGGAAAUAUCUCAAGCCAGCCACAAAAAGGGAAAACAGGGGGCCUCAUUACUCACCAGGACAGGGUGAAGUCUUAAUAUGAGUCCAUCAUUGUUGCUGUGCUGUGUGCUGCUCUGUUUGGCCUACUGUGUCACAGUACACACACACAUUCUUAUGGAGGAACAAUACAGCUCCAACCAUACAACCAUCAGCUUACAAGUCAAUAACCAAACAGAUGAACCUCCUGUGCUCAUAGUCGGGCUUUCAAAAACACCCAAGAAGAACAAGAAACCGGAAAAGAAACCAAAAAAGAAAUUCAGCAACCGAAUAAAGAGACCCCCGCCGCCGCCGAACUGCGUCCCGCUCUGGAGCAGCUGCAAGACGCCGAACGCGGUGUGCUGCGAUCAGUGCGCCUUCUGCCACUGCCGCCUGUUCAAGACCGUCUGCUACUGCCGCAUGGGUUACCCGAAGUGCUGAACUCUCUCUGACAGGAGCCAUCAUGAUCAGGGUGAUCAUGUGACUGUCCCUAUCUUAAAGGCUUGUUUAUAAAACCCUGUGGGAUUAAGACAACUGAUUCUCUAUCAUAUAAUCAUGAUCACGAUCCGAAUUUUCGGAGAUUUCCCGGCCUGAUGUAGCGACAGCUCGUCAGAUGCGCCUGGGAAUAAAGGAGAGCUACCUGGGUGAUUACCAAAGUGCUUUAAAUUACCCUUUAAUUACUUAUAAACGUAUUUUAAAAUGUUUACGUUAAUGAAAAGUAUAUUAAUGUAUGUAUGAACACUUUGUGUUGUAAGCACUUUAUGGAAAAAGAAAAAAGUCAAAUCACCCGUAACCUGUUUGAGCUGCUAUACAAAAAAAUCAGCACGACAACCACAAUUGUCGCGAAAUAGGCUAGAUGUGUUUAGCCUAUUACAACCGCCACCACUCUAACAAAUAAAUAAAAGACAGUAAAAAUAAAGAUAUAAAUAAAUUAAACGACAGAUUCAGAGAGCUUAUUUAAAUAAAAUUCCUUAUUAUGUUACAGAAAGCAAAAACAGCAAUAAUAGCGAACGUCUGUGUAUAAUUUGGUGAAGACUUGUACGCUUAUUGUCCUUUUUUAAGGCUAAUGGGGAAUAUUUUUGUUGAAAAGCGAACUAGAUGAGUAAAUAUAGUUCUUGGGUCGAUUUUAAACAUCACACAUUUCUGUACAUUCAUGUAUUUAACUGGACAAUUGUGGACGCAAAGUCUAUAUCAUUAGCCUAUUGAUUCAAGCAAUGAAUGUAUCAGGGUCGCUAACUGAUUUACUCAGUUAUAAACUGAGGAGAAACUGAGAAUAUUGCGCUUAUUGUACAAUUUCAUAACAUUGUAGAGUAAAGUAAUAAUAAUAAUAAAAAAAAACAUGAAACUUUUAAUUUGUCUAUCGAAUUUAAUUCAUGAAAUUGCCUUUGCUGGUUUCUUUUUUGACCUGUUGCUAAUUAGGCUGUGCUAAUUGUUUGUUUUUUUAGUUUAGAUGAUAAUACCCGCCAAAAUAUCCUCAUUUAUAGCCAUAAAAUAAGCAUUAACUUUGUUUAACGUUUGCUGUCUGAUAGAUA